GUAGCGAAGCGGAGCGUAGAAACUCACCGGCACCGGCGCAAGCGUCCGCAACAAAGCCUCCCGGAGAAGUGAAUGAGAGAGCGAAUAGCUGCCUCCAGCUGCCGAGGACCGAUUGAUACCAGACCGCCAGCGCAGAUGGACACCAGAAACGCCACUGAGGAAAAACCUGUCCAGCGAUCUAAGUCUUUCAGCUUUAAGACUCAAAAGGAAGUGUGCACAUCAUGUGAGAAGACGGUCUACCCGAUGGAGAGAUUGGUCGCCAACAAUCUGGUCUUCCAUUCAACGUGUUUCUGCUGCAAGCACUGCAACGCCAAACUCAGCCUUGGCUCCUUUGCAGCUCUUCAAGGCGAAUUCUACUGCAAACCCCACUUCCAGCAGCUGUUUAAGAGCAAAGGCAACUACGACGAGGGCUUCGGACGCAAGCAGCACAAAGAGCUCUGGGCCUCCAAGGAGACAGAUAAUAUAACAAAGACACCAUAAUCAUGUCUGCCUGUGUCCUGUCACAGACCUGCCUCUUCUUUUUCCUCCUAACACCUCCAAUACAUUACGAUGAACACGUGCCUCGUACGCUGGGGUACCGUUAAAUCACCAACGCACUCACUCGCUUUUUAAACACCAUCAGAACAUGCACAAACAGCUCGGAAAUGACUGGACAGUCAUGAUCCAUCCCACCUCAAAUCUGAUAAUAACUUUAAUUUCCAAUUUCUUGCCUGGAAUUGGUAGUUGAUUGUGACCAAAAGCCUUCUCUGGUAUGGGGAGUGUAAACACUUUUCUUUUUAAAAUUCUUUUAAAUAAUUUGCACCCUUUUCUUUGUGGAUUGUGUACACUGUAUGCUCAGACGAACAUAUCAGAGGGGUUACAGAGCAUCAAUGUUUUGCAGUAGAGCAUACACUCAGGUCAAUUUUCUCCCAAGGAUUAAAACAAAAUACAGCCUCGCUUACUCAUUGCAACAAAACACAAGUCAAAAUAAUAGUCCUCAGUAUUAUGACGAUGAAGUUUGUCAGGUUUCAUAUAUUUGAGGAGCAAACAGGGUACAGAGUACUGUAAAAUAACGUGCACAUCAGCAACAGCUCACCUCUCGCAUUUUAAUCUUUUGUUAACUGUUUUUACUGCUCACGUCAUCCCAUAAUAGUUCUUAUUUUAACGGCCACUCGGAGUCUUAUCCUUGCAUGUUGGUAUGACUGGGUCUUAAUAGCCUUAUCUUAUGACUGUAUUGAUCUCUUGUGUUGUGAAUGGUUUUGUUUGUUUUCAUAGCGAAGUCGUCACUUUUUAGAGUUUGGAUUCGAUCGAUGUCAUGGCAUAAGUUGAUCUCUGAGCUUUUUGAUGGAAUUCUCGGAUUGUGUUUUGUAUACCGUCUGUACAUAGAGCUGUAGUUUGUGAUUAGUGAACAUUCCCAACCAUGCUGUACCUCUCGUCUUGCACAUACGACCACACACGAUCACCAGACAAAACGCUGAUAAUCACAGGGAAACUGAGGCCUCGUCCACAAACAUCCCUCCCUCUGUCCUAUGAGGCAUAAAGAGGAACUUAAAACAUCCAAACGGUUAAACUGAUUAGUACAAAUACAUUUAAGUGUCAUAAAUGAGGAUGUUGAUGGACGGAGCUUAAGUAAAUCACUUCACCCUUGUCAGUUGUUGGUGUCUUGUGAGGAUUUUUCCCAUGCUGUAUUUGAGUGUGUUCGUAUAAAGUGGAUAGUUUUUACGGGGACAGACAGAUCCAAUCCAAUCAUCAUGUCCUGAACAUCCGUUGUUAUUUGUUCCCCUCACUCCCAUCCAAUAAGCAUGGACAGGUUUCCUUUUGCAAUUAAUGCCUUCCUGUUCUCAUCUCCUGUCUUAUUAGCUAAAUACAGCUAAGCAACUGGACCUAUUUUCCUUAAUAUUAAAUUCCCAAUAGGUGGAUGGAGAGUUUGUCACAGUGUUUUGGUCCCCUGAUGUGCACCUGCAUGCUGCAUGCAAAAACCCAAUGCAGAGCACCCCCUGCUGGGGAAAGUGUGACAGUAGUGUCUAGUGUGAGAGGACGAAAAAUGAUUUGCCCAUAAAACCCAACUUCGCCUUUAUUCAAAGUUUUUUUGCCUCAGUGUGCGGUGCAGCCGCUGCACUCCAGCUGCGUUUGAUCUUAUUUAAUCGCAACGUCGACGAGAAACGAAUCCAGUUAGACAAGAUUUCCAUGUUUAUAUUUCAUUCUUCACGAAGAAUGAGUCUAAAGCCAUUUAAGUAUCUCAUUUUAGAAAAUAUCCGAAUACCACUGACACUUGAAUGACACAAAGUACUUUUUGUGACUGAAGGUUUACUGUGAAUUUGAGCGCGCUGUGCAGAAUAGAAAGCUUAAACAGAUGGAUAUUUGCUACUUUUUUUAAGAAAAGAGAAGCCUUAGAAAUAAAUAGCUGACCUUAUUGCUUUUUCAACAAAACCUUUGAGUGCACAGAUCUUUACAAAGAAAUCUCCUGAUCAUGCCUUUUCAAAAACAGACCUGCUUAUUUUAGAUUACCACUCCCUAACAUAGAAUUACUUCACUCGACCAGCAGCCAUUUUUCCUAUCUAACCAUUUUUAUCCACAUGUAUGAUAAUCCUACUAUGUGUUCUGGUGUACGUUUUAUUUUUGUCAUUUUAAAAUGGUCCUCUGGAUCCCAGGGAAUGCUUUAAAAUCAAGAGAAUUGUAUCUAGGAAUGCUGUCUUUGUCAUUCUCUGUUAGCAGUUCGCCAAGGUACAACUGCGAAAUCUGUGAAUUGCAACUUCUAAGUGUAAUAGAGCAGACAAGGUACACUUUACACUGGUGCCAAGAGGCUCAGGUGAAUGAUUGCAGUGUAACGGUUUAAUGUUAAUUCUGUGAGUCAUUUCAUUUUUGUGCUAAACUUAAUGUGGACUUACUUGUCAAUGCUGUUAUCGAGACAUCUUAAAUGUAUGCAUCUUUGAAAGUGUAUUCUAUAUUCCAGACUUGACCUGUGGAUUGAGGUGGCCUUACAGCUAAAAGGACGCUUGGACUGUGUUUGCAGUCUUUCUCCUCUAUUCUCCCUUCUCUCUAUUGCUUAGUGGUGGUUUGGAACAUUUUAAAAUGUAAGCGCCCCCCUUUCUACACCAAUAUACACAAUCAUUUUGUGCAUAUUCUUGUUUUUAUUUUCGUUUUUUACAUGCUUUUGGAGAAAAAAUAAAAUGCUGGUGUUGGUUUAAUGCA